AUGCAGACGCCACCCCCACCCACCCUGUACAUUACACCACAUCAUCACGUAAAGAAGGAGUCAAACACAACACCUAUCCGUAUCGUGUGUGACUGCAGUUGUAAGUCACGUGACCAGCCUAGUUUGAACGAUUGCCUGUUGUCUACACCACCUGAAAUGAAUGAUUUGACUGGAAUUCUACUUCGUUUUCGAAUGAAUAGAUACGCCAUAGCAACAGACAUAGAGAAUGCUUUUCUUAAUAUUGGUCUAGGCGAGAAGAAUCGAGAUGUCACGCGAUUUCUAUGGCUCAGCGACCCUAGCAACCCAGACAGCUACUUGACAACAUACAGAUUCCGUGCAGUCCUUUUCGGAGCUACGUCAUCACCUUUCAUUCUGAGCGCAACAAUAUUGAAGCACCUUGAACUCAACAGCGACAAGAAGGCGAGUGAGUACUUACGACAAGAUCUAUACGUUGACAACGUUAUUUCAAGCUUCCAACAGGAAGAUGAGCUUCUACAGUUCUACAGCGAGUCACGUGAGCUAAUGUCGUCUGCAGAUUUCAACUUGAGGUCCUGGAGUUCUAACAGUAACAAACUACGUGUGCAAGCAAUCAAAGAUUCAGUCUUAGAUUCAGAUCUAUGCCCUAAGGUACUCGGCAUGAGAUUGGACACAGAGAGUGACGUUUUACUGUAUCCAGUGAAAAACAUUCCAACUACCCAAAUUAUUACCAAGAGAGAAAUAUUGCAGCAUACGUCUCGACUCUACGAUCCCUUAGGUCUACUUAGUCCAGUUACCAUCAGAGCGAAGCUCCUUCUCCAAGAAUUAUGGCAACAGAAGUUUGAAUGGGACAUGCCCUUACCGCACGACAUACAAGAAAAAUGGCGUAGUUUAAUUACAGACUUGAAUUCAGUGACAACCACUACGUAUCCUAGAUACUACUUUGAGAAUACACCGCAUACAUCCAACUACACCUGUAUUUACAUAUUCUGCGACGCUAGUUUGUUAUCUUAUGGUGCUACGGCAUACGUCUGCACAGACAACCAGUCUACAUUGAUGAUGGCUAAGACGCGUGUUGCUCCGUUGAAAAAGUUAACGUUACCGAGGUUACAGCUGAUGGCUGCAGUGAUUGGUUCCAGACUCUGUAAGCACCUGAAGCAGAACACCAGCAUAAUACAGAUACACCUUUGGUCAGACAGUCAGAUUGUGUUGUACUGGCUCCAGUCGUCCAAGACACUCCAGCGAUUCGUUAGGAACCGUGUGACUGAAAUCCACGAGCUGACCGAAAACCGGAAAUGGAGGUAUUGCCCGACGAAGGACAAUCCCGUAGAUUUACUCACCAGAGGAAUUUCUACAUCGCACUUCAAAAUCAGUAAUCUAUGGUUCUACGGACCUAAAUAG